AUGAACGGAGGCGCACCUGCCCAGGCGCAGGCCCCUCGGCCAGGUGGACAGAGCCUUCAGAAUCUGAUAAGACCAGAACAAGUGGCCAGGCUGCCUCACCUCACAACUGCACAGAAGCAGGAAACCGAGGGCAAAGUAUCGAGACUCUGGGAAUUCAUAACAAAUUCUGGCAGUAAUUCGAACGAUCCGAGAUAUCAACAAGCGCUGCAGGAAUUGACGAGGCUGUCUGCUCAGCUGAUGCAGGGCAUGAAACAGUUCAAGGAACGACAGCAGGCACAGGCACAAGCUAAACAGGCGAGUCAAGGUCAAACCCAAGGUCAGAACCAAAGUCAAGGUCAAGGCCAGCAGGCGACUGGUGCGACUCAGGCACAACAAGCAAACAGCGCACUUUCGUUCGCACAACUCCUCCCCGAGGUUCAGCAAAGAGUUAACCAGCAAACCUUUUGUUAUCCUCCAGCGAUGACCGAAGGCUCUGCUCAAGCCACUCAGUGGCUGCAAGAAGCCAAAGCUAGAUACGGCCAAGCCAUUCAAAGAGCCCAAAUGGCCAAGAACAAGAAGACCGAAUUGCAGCGAGCUGCGCAGAGUCGAGCUGCGACUGGAAAUCCGCUCACACAAGACGAACAUAAUGGAUUAUCCCAUAAGCUUGCACAAUGCGACAAAGCAAUACGAGAAGCUCAAAGUUUCAUGGAGAAGUUCAAGGAACAGCAGGAGCAAUUCAAAAACAAUAGGCCGCAACAGAAAUUCACCCAGCCUGGUGCACAGCCAGUAGUGACAGGUGGUGAAAACCAAAGUGAAGGUCAAGGUGCGGGUCAGCAAGUGCAAGCGGGACCUCAGGCGUACAGUAUCGCCACAGCGCAAGCUGCUGCUCGCGCUAACGCUACGAACUCAGUGACUGCUCCAGGCGCGUCACAACCCGCAGGCACAGUGACGUCUGGUUCGCAAUCAACACCUAUUGAACAAGUUCAGCAAAACCCAAUGAUGAUUGCCCAACCCAACGCAAGUCGACCUUCUACUGCCACGCAACCAGGACCACCAAGCGCGAUUCAUCCUUCUGUACAAACUGGCGUGCAGGCUUCGCACGCACAUCCUAACGUGACAGCCAACGCCCACCCACUUAGUAGCGCUGUGAAUGGUAUGAAAGCACAUCCUCCACCCAUCCCCAAGAAUCUACAAGUUGCGGAUCCUACACCUGUUCAAAUGCCACCUUCUCGACCCACUUUGAAUGGUGGUGCAAACGUUGGUCUCCCUGGUCAGAUUGCUCAGCCAGCACUCACAACAUUUCCGGGUUAUGUCCUGGAACAGAGUGAAGACGGUCAUUUAUUAUCUAAGAAAAAGUUGCACGAUUUGGUACGAGAAGUAGUGGGCCCCAAUUCUGACGAUCAGCUCACACCUGAAGCCGAGGAGAUUUGUCUGAACCUGCUUGACGAUUUUGUCGAAGACGUCAUCACCUCUGGUUGUCGACUCGCGAAGCUACGAGGUGCAACUUCUCUCGAACCGCGCGACUGCAUGGUUGUGCUUGAAAGACAAUACAAUAUGCGGAUACCAGGCUUUUCCACCGACGAAGUACGAACCGUGCGGAAGAAUCAACCAGCUGCCGGAUGGGCGCACAAAGUCAGUGCUGUACAAGCUGCGAAGUUGAUGAAUGGGAGUGGAGGUGGUGCUGGUGUUGCCAACGUUGGCGCAGCAACUACGAGCGGCAGUACCUAG